AGUCUUGUUGGGUACUGGUGCUCGUACGUACCCAGACUCGUACCUCAUAUUGUACUUCUUCCGCAAUUGAGAAUGGGCGUCAUGUUGACACCGAAUGCUCGAGAGACAAUACGGUUACUUGAGAGGAUAGCAUACUAUUCCAUGUGAUUGAGAAAAACCGGAACCAAGAUCCACUCCACAGCACGAUGAGACGGACGCCGAUAGCGUCUGCCCUGAGCGGAAAGAGUAGAACGGGAAACGGAAAGAAGGGCAGCAGGAGCAUCGACAAUAAGAAUGGUUCCGCAGCCAGCCAAACCAGCGUGUGCAAGUUCUGUGCCAGAAACCCGCCUGCCCUACUAGUACAGUUGCCCGUUCUCGGUCGAAAAAAGCGUGCCGCAACGCCCUAUUGUUUGAGCUGUUAUUACACGACAUCGGCGGUUCGACAAGAUCCUGAAAAGUAUGUCACUAUUUUCGACGAGGAAGAAAAGGCAAAACAACUACCAGCCAUCCAGAAUCUUUUCUCCGAAUGUUUUCUGGAAUUGCAACAUGAACUUUCGGAGGAAUCUGUUCGUGCUUUUAAGAAACAAAAAAGUGAUCCUCUGGCCAUGCUCAGUUUUUCUUCUGGUUCGUCGUCGUCCUCGUUCGCAUCCAAGAAACGGAGAAAGCUGGCUUCAAACAAGGGACAGGCACCGGAUCCAAGAACGAAACAGGAAGGAAGGGCAAACGACGGGGGAUUUCUGAGGGAGAUUGACCUUCCCGAACGCCUGAAGAGAACGCAAAAACAGCAGGAGGAAUUGCAAAACCAACAACUUGCUAGAAUGAACCAGGCGGCAUCUGCUGCACGACGUGCAAGUAGAAUCGCUAGCCCAUUAACAAAGUCUACAAUGAAUAAGCGGCGCAAAGGAUCCGGGAAAUCCAUUUGGAAUCUGGCUAUGGACAAGGGUAAGGACGGUAAGCUUUCUACGUCUUCCGAGAGUUAUCAGGCUGCGGCGAUGGAUCCGGCUACAAUGAACGUCUCGUGUACGUGCGGUAGCAAAGAUGUGAGAAGUUUUGGCAACAUAACAAGCCGCAACCAGGAUGUCAGAAAAGGGGAAAUUUGGGGCACUGACCGAGGGGAUGAAGUCAUUAACAGAUUUCAAUGCAACAUAUGUGGGAGAACAUGGAACGAGGCAGAGUGACUCAUUUCGGUUUCAUUUCGUUGAUAGCGAGACGAAGUUAGAAAUUGUGCACCAUGAACUGACUGUAGCUUGGAAUAGAUUUUUGAAAGUAGGCAUAUCGAUAAUUCGAAAAAUCUGACUCGGGGUGCUUUCGUUUCUCAAAGAAUUGAAAGAAAUGUUCAUCUCACGUGUGUGCGGGAUCGUUGUCGAUGAAACGCUGUCGCUAUGGUCAACAAUUUUGCAUGGCAGAAAAAUCGUUGAUACUUGAAUACAUGCGAUCAUCACGCUCUGGAAGCUCUUAAUGUUUGUUGCAGUUCUGAAUGAGUUCUGUUGAUUCAGAUGGAUUCAGAUAAAUGAAAUCAGAUCAAUGCAUUCUUCAACAAAGUUCCAUCCUUUUUUCUGCGAGAGCACUCAGGUGAUAUUACAAUCCUUUCAAAGAUUCAUGCUCACCCAUGCUACUGUUACAACAUGAUGGAGCGUGAGAUACAUCGAAUGGAGUAGAAUACUCA